AUGCACUUUACCAGAACCCUUCAAUGCACCCUCUCACUUGCGAGCUUGGUCGCGUCUUCUCCGUUCACAUCCGAGAGACGUGAUGUCGCAUCAACAACCUGGCAGACACCUGCUACUUCCACAGCAUCCUCAGGGACACCAUGCCCUACCACACCAGAAGCGGGGACAUACUGUGGCUUCAUCAACCCAGAGGAUCCCUGUGCUCCCCAACCUGGCGGUCAAGGUCCCACAAUGGUACCUGACACCGUGGAAGCGUUUGUCAACUAUAUCCCGUUCCAAAGCAUGUCUUUAAAUAACGUCUACGCACCUGGCUACACCACAAUCUUCAAGAACUUGACAAAAGCCGCAUGGAAUAUCGACAACUACAUCGGCCUCUACUAUCUCGACACCUACAAUCCUUCAGCUUGUGCAGACAAGUGCAAUGCCGUCUCUGGAUGUAAUUCCUUCAACGUCUAUGUAGAGCGCGACCCCAGUCAGAAUCCGACAAAGAAUGACUCGACAGCACCUACGGUCUGGGGCUACUGGUGCCCAAAUCCUCCCUCAAUGACCAAUUACAAAUGCGCGCUAUGGGGAAAUGGCAUCUACAACUCCUCAGCCACAAACUCUGGGCAGUACAGGGGAGGAGACUUCCAGGUUAUGAUUGCUGGUAGCAACGCUUUUGUCAAAACCGGCUACUUCGAUACGGCGACUUAUCAGAAUGGCACUGCUUCGGUCCCUACCUCGGGUAUGCCCCAACCAAGCAGUAGCAUCGUGCCAUUCACAGGUGCUGCCAACACGAUCACAAAGUCGAGCGUAUGGAGCGUGUGCGCGUUUAUUUUGGCGGUACUGAUGGCUUUGUAG